UGUUUAUUUUGUGUAAAAAUAGCUUUGAAAAAUAGCAAAUCUAAAAGAAAAACAUUAAAUACAAAAUUAAAAAGGCUAUUUCAACGUUGUUUAUUACUUUGACCCGUGAGAUUUCAUUUAGAAUAAAUCUAGGAACAAAAAUGUCCUCAUAUAAGCCGAUAGAUUCUAAGAGGGAAGAAUUCCGCCGGUAUUUGGAACGUACGGGAGUUAUGGACGCCUUGACGAAAGUUCUAGUGAGCCUUUACGAAGAACCGGAUAAACCAGAGGAUGCACUGGAGUAUGUGCGCAAACAUCUAGGCAAUGACGGCGCAGAUGACGAGCUCGAAGCUGCAAGAGCACGUAUCGCCGAGUUGGAAGCUGAAAACACCCUGCUCAAAGGUGAAGCAGCUCCCUCUCAAAGCUAAACUCAGUCAAUCUAAUCUCAAACCUGAAAUGAUCUCAUACUUAUAGUUAAUUAUAAAAGAGAACUUAUUACUGUUAAUUACUACCAGAGUAUUUUUGUUAUCUUUAAGUUGUGCAGGAUGCACAAAUAAAUUUUGGUUUCACA